GUGCCUGGAGACGUAGCGGUGGAUCUGAAGCAGGUCACGUCGUCCGUGCUCAGAAUCGGCCCGGGUCUCCGACAGGAGGGCGACAUGGUGGUGGCCAUGCGAGCGGGGCGACUGAAGCCCGCAGGGAAGAGGAAGCUGUGGGUGGACUGCAGUGUGAAGCGCUACACACCUGCAGUGGAGGAGGCGGUGAUCGGCAUUGUGAUCGAUAAGCACAUGGAGAACCUAGACGUGGACAUCAAGGGCCCAGGCCUCGCCAUCCUGCCUGCACUCGCCUUUGAAGGCGCCACCAGACGAAACCGACCCAACCUGCAUAUCGGCCAGGCAGUGUACACGAGAGUGGUCAAGACCCACAGGGAUGCCGACCCUGAGCUGUCGUGUGUCGAUGCAAGCGGUAAGGCAGCGGAGUUCGGGCCGCUAGUGGGUGGUCACCUCUUUGACUGCUCCACUGCCCUCGCUCGCCUCCUCCUGGCAACACCAACAGCCCCUGUAUUGAAGGCACUUGACGCUGCUGGCUUGGCCUUUGAAAUUGCUGUGGGCCUGAACGGAAGAGUAUGGGUGAAGGGGGACACAAUAAAGAACACCAUUCUUGUUGCAAAUGCAGCUCAAAACUCCGAGUUCCUUUCUGCUGUGCAGCAGCGAGCGAUGGUGAAGGAAUUAGUCAGGCUGUCACUCUCUAAUGCGACCGGCGACGAGCAGCAGCAGCAGCAGCAGCCGCAAGUGAUCGACAAGCGCUUGGAGCUCGUCGAUAGUUUUCUCAGGGAGGCUCUCGCGAACCCUCGCGACCGACUCACGAUUCUUCGCAUGGAGCAGGACGUGGAGCGGUUUAUCCGCAACCCGAACCUCAAGGUCAUGGAGUUUCAACCAAUGGCGUCGUCGUAUCACCGUGCCGCCGCGCACCGCGUCGCGCAGCAUUACUCGCUACAGACGUCCGCCGCAGAUGCCGUCACGCCAAGCGGUGGCGAAUGCAAUGUCGUCGUCGCGCGAAAGAUUGGCGAGCUUCGCCCGCCGCCCGUCCGCCUCGUCGACCUCCCUCUCGGCCCGACCAACGGCAGCGGUAGCGGCGGCACCGCCAGCGCCAGCGCCGUGAAUGGCGGCGGGGCAGGCGCGGAAGCUGCGCCAGGCCCCGGGGGGUUUAAGCUGGCAAUAAGGCGGAGGCCGAGCGGGGGAAGAGGAGGGUCCGCGGGGGAUGGAGGAGAAGGGGGAAUGGGCGGAAGUUCCGCGGACGGGGCGGAUGGCGCGGGGGUGAUCCGAUCCGUGGAGGAGCGGAAGGAGAUGUAUAACCGGGCACGAGCAAGAAUUUUUAAUACUGCCCAAGUGGAUGCUGUGGACAGCGAGGAAAGCGCGAGUAGCGCGGAAGGGGCAGGCGGAAAGGGCGAAGCGGGUGGGAAGCAGGAGAAGGAGGGGAAGGCAGUGGGGAAGGCAGGUGCGGAGGCAGGCGGAAAGUCAGGGGCGAAGGCAGGCGCGGAGGCAGGGGGGAAGGGAAGUGGGAAGGGGAAGGGUAGUGGCGGGGGAAGUGGCGGGGAGGAAAAGGUUGGCGCGGAUAAGCAAGGGCUAACCAAGAGCUCGUCAGGCGGGCGGAAAGGGAGGAAUGUUGCUAUUCUGCGAGACAGGGAGAAGGAGAAGCAGGACCCCGACUACCAGCGCGGUUAUGAUCGGUUCUCACAGAGGUUCGACCCUGGCUUUGGUGCCCAGGCGCCUAAUCCGUACGGCAUGCAGCCAAUAUACGCCCCUGUCGUUACCUAUGCCUCCGAAUUCCCCUCGCUCUCGCCCUCUGCGCCCGCGAAUAAUGCUGCUGCUGGCAACCGAACCGGGCGUGGAGGCCCGGGUGGGGCGGGACCUGCCAGGCCUGGAGGUCCGGCGCCUGGUCCGGCACCAAACGUGUCCGUCCACGGCCCGGGGCAAUCUCCAGGCUCGGUGGGCGCUGGUUCGGCAGGGUUGAUCCAGCCAGGGUUUCCAGGGGCGGGGUUUCCACCGGGCAGUUUCCCCCCGGGCAAUCUACCCCCGGGCAGUAUGUCCCCGGGUGGUUUACCCGUGCAUUUCCAGCAAAUACCUACGCUUGGCCCUCCUCAUCCGCUGAACGUGUGGAGAGCACAUGCUGCUGUGGGAAUGAUGGCCAUGCAUGGCCGGGGAGUCAUGCCAAUGCCCGGACCUGUUCCCGGGCCUCUUCCAGGAGCUGUUCCCGGAUCUGCCCCUGGUCCGGUUCCAUACGGACUGGUCCAACAUCCCAGUUCGAUGCCAGGUUCGGUAGGUUCUCCUGGAGGGGUAGGCAUGGGAAUGACUGGUUCGGCAGCAACAGCAGCGGGAACUGGAGCAGGAAGGGGGGUAGGCCCUGGCUUUCCACCAAACCUACAGAGGGAUGGCAUCAUGGGUCCAGGAGCAAUUUCCGUUCCUAAUGUUAGUGGUUCGGCGAAGCCCCUCUUCUCCAUGGUGCGCGACUCGAGCGAGCCGCAUUGCCUCAACACCAUAUUCGACAUCUGCCCCGAGGCGAAGCCCCUCUUCUCCAUGGUGCGCGAGUCGACCGAGCCCGCGCCCGUCAACCCGCGCCUCGAGGCGCACGCCACACUUGCAUUCACCAUGAUGUGCGAGGCCUUCAGCUCCUGGGACGAUCCAGAGCGAAUUGCCAAGCAGACGCCCUUCUUCAAGGCGCUGGGCGGCAGGCACCUCAACUAUGGCAUUGAUGGGGACGACUUCCCGAUCUUCCGCACCGGCUUCAUGAAGGCUUUACAGAGGGCGUUUGGGGAGGAGUGGUUUGGGGACUUUGAAGCCGCGUGGUGUGCCGCGUUUGACAUUCUAGAGGACAUGGCUUCGAGCGGCAUGGCUGAGAAGGGCGGACAGAAGGUGGUCCCGGCUGCUGCCCUGGAGAUGCUAGAGAGGAUGCAGCAGCAGUAG